GGGAGUGAGAUUUGCAUACGGCUUUAAUCAGCUGCAUACUGAUUAACUUUCAUUAUGUAUGCAGCACUUCUAGAUGUAGUCUUUGUGUUUCGCUGGUCUCGGUGUUCUCCGUCGGAUGUGUUCUCUGCGUCCGUCUGUGAUCUGAGUAUCGUAGCGUGGCUCGUGGACACAGCAGAUCUGAGCAAAGGCAGCAUGGAGAACGGAGCGCAUGGAGCUGCUCAGGCCAACGGUCAGGAGGGCCACAAACCCAGCGGUCAAGCAGCGGUCAGCGGCGUUCAGACACAGGAGCCGCUCCAGCAGGUGAGCAUGACUCCAGCGCAGCUGUUGCAGACGCAGACGCAGAUCCUGGCCGCAGGUCAACAGAGCAGCACUGGAGCCAGUAUCUCUGCGGCCACGCCCAUCACACUGUCCCAGCCCAUUCAGAUCGCCUCUACGCAGGGCUUGAACCUGCCACAGUUUGUCUUGGUCCAGCCGGGUCACUCCCUCAGUCCUCAGUUUCAGCCUCAGUUCAUCAUAUCUCCGUCUCCUCAGGGUCAGACCGGUCUACCUCAGAACCCAGCGCAGAGCAGCCUCGCCCUCACCGCACAGGCUGCUACACCGACGAGGAAGAUCGCCGCUCUACCGGCUCCAGCAUCUGCUCCCAAGCGCAUCGAUGCUGUGUGUGUGGAGGAGGCCAGCGACCUCGAGGAGCUCGAGCUGUUCGCCAAGAACUUCAAACAGAGACGCAUCAAGCUGGGCUUCACUCAGGGUGAUGUGGGGCUGGCGAUGGGGAAACUCUACGGAAACGACUUCAGUCAGACCACCAUCUCCAGAUUCGAGGCCUUGAACUUGAGCUUCAAGAACAUGUGCAAACUCAAACCUCUGCUGGAGAAAUGGCUGAACGAUGCAGAGCGCAUGUCUGCGGACUGCGUGGUGUCGAGUGCGAGCGAGAUGUCUCCGGGGCUCUGCGAGAGUCUAAACCGACGCCGCAAGAAGCGCACCAGCAUCGAGACCAACAUCCGUCUGGCCUUAGAGAAGAGCUUCCUGGAGAGUCAGAAGCCGUCGUCAGAGGAGAUCACACUGAUCUCAGAUCAGCUGAACAUGGAGAAGGAGGUGGUGCGCGUCUGGUUCUGUAACCGCAGACAGAAGGAGAAGCGGAUCAAUCCUCCCAGCAGCAGCAGCUCGUCCGGAUCAGCCCUCAGAACCAUCUACAGCAGCUCCUCAGCCGCGGUGUCCAGCGGCACGAGCACACUGACGGUCAGUCCUGUGGUUUCUCUGAACAGCAACAGUAUCUCUAACCUGACGUUCAGUGGCGGAGCCCUGGGUCAGGUGAUGUCGAACACGCCCUCCAUCAUCUCCAUGGCGCCCACCGUCACCACGUCCACUCCGGUCAUGACAUCACCCUCCCUCACCCCAUCCACCACAGCUGUCAAACAGGAAGUGGCGGUUUCCAUGGCGACAACAGCCAUGCAGGGGGCGGGGCAGCUGCUGGUGACAGGCACAGGACUGGGAGGAGCUAAUCUGACGGCCUUCACGGGUUUAAACCCGACGAUCAUAUCGGCGUCGCAGCUGAUGCAAGGCGGUGCGCUGCUGAGUCUGAGUCCUGCGCUGAUGAACAACAACCUGCUGGCCACCAUCCAGGCUCUGGCGUCUGGCGGCGCUCUUCCUCUGACCUCCAUCGAUGGAAACACCAGCCUGCUAUUCGCCAAUAACAGCGUAGGAAACCCCGCCCCCAGCAUGGUGACCACACCCUUCUUCCUCAACCCAUCCAGCUUCUCUCUGCUGCCGGCCAAUCUGCUGUCGGCGGGCGGUGCUGGAGGCGGAGCUCUCAACCUGCAGCUGACCAGUGAUGUCACCACGAUGACCAAGAGUGUGGGUGUGGCCUCGAAGGCGCAGUGAGCGUGUGGCUCCGCCCAUUUCUGUGCUAUCACCAAAAACUCUUGCGAACAAUCAACAUCUGAUGCCCAAGGAGACGGGGAGGAUGGAACCUAAUCCGUUUCUUAAACUAACGUCUAAAUUAACCAAAAAUGUGUGUCUUUCUAAAUCUUGACGAGAGAUUAUUUAGCGUAACAGAGUUUAUAUUGACUUUCUACGAGGAUCUCUGUUGUUUUUAUUUGCGGCUCCGUGGAACGAGCCGAUUGUAGAUAAUUUCAGAUUUCUAACCAAAAGCAUUUCAGAUCUUUUUCGUUGCGUUGGGUGGAGGUUUUGUCAGAGGACUUUUUAAACUAGUACUCACUUUAUCGAUAUGGUUAGAAGGCUUUAAACGAGUACUAACGGGUGCGGGCCAACUCCGAGUGAACUGAUUCUGAAUCGAGUUUGUUCAACUGAAUCAAUUGAACCUGUGAUUCGCUCACAUCUGUCUGUCCUAUCAGAUGUUGUUCCUGGCGAUCUGACGGAGCAGGGGUCAGAGGUCAGCACUGAUGCUCAAGGAUCUUCAGCUGAAGAUUGUGCUCUCAUACUACUGUGUACAGACACGCUUCAUUUCUGUUCCUUUGCCAAAGCAAACGUCUUGUUUUCACUCCUUUCAUUGAUUGCGUCUCGGUGUUUUUAUAUGAAAAUAUCACCAGUUUCUGUUCUGUGCUCGUGUUUCCUCUUCUACACGUGAAGCCACAGACGCGAGGCGGCAGCAUUGAUCUCGUCUCGUCUCUCGCUCUAUGGUUUAUUAUAUCGUUCAUCAGUGAUUGCAUGUGAGCAGCUUCAGGUUCAUCUUUAUUAUUUUCUUCAGGAUUGAAACCAAAGAUUCAUCAGCGUCCGUCUUUGUGUUUGUUUCUCCUCUUCUUUAGUCAGAAAACACUCUAUAUUUCAGGAGUAUAUAGAAACAUAUGAAAAAAAAAACAUAGUUUUAUUUUGUGGCUCCCAAAGCAGAAAUCCUCUUAAGGAUGAAAACCAAAGAUUUCUCACUUUCUCUUUGCCUUUUCUUUAUUUUAUUUUUUAUUUUUUAAGUGUAGUUAAUUUGAAAUCAUCAACUCAUUCUAGUCUUUAUGAUCCAGAGGUCAGAUGAUUGAUUUUCUGCUGGAAUAAGAAUUGAGACAAGGAAUCUCACUGUCUGUGUGUGUGUGUGUGUCUGUGUGUGUGUGUGUGUGUGUGUGUGUUCAACAGAAUGUGUUUCAUAUGUUACAGAAGGGCUGUUCUCUCACACACUCUUCUCUCUAACACACACACGCUUAUACACUCACUCUCUCUCACAUUAACCCUCUCUCUCACACACACACACACACACACACUUCUCUCUGUUGUUUCUCCACAGGUUCUCGUUGAUGAAUCGACUCUCGCUCGGUUCACUUGUGUGUGUUUGCUGUAGAAAUGAACUGCUCUGGAUUUGUGUUUGUGUGUUUCUCAGAUGAUGAGUUUGUCCUGUUGCUGUUGCCGUAGUUGUAGAUCUCAUUAAAUGUUUUUUUCGCAGA